UGUUUGUACGCCAUAAUAGUUCCCAAAUUGUUGUAUGUACUUCACUGCAUAUGCAUGUGUGUGCGUAUGUAUGUAUGUUGCUCAUGGCCAUGUCUUCCCACGCCCGCGUACGUGGGUGCUAGAAAGGGACAGAUGGUGCCAAUUUUUCAAAAAGCAUACACUUGAUUUUGGAACGCCAGCAAAACAAAAAGAUAAAUUGCGUUCCUUUCGUUUGCUGUUCGCACGUAUGUACUUACGUACAUAUGUACAUAUGCAAGUGCAAACUGCGCAGCAGGGCGGCCUCACGAAUGCACGCCUACCAUUUAUUCAACCAAGCAUAUAAACAAAUUCGCACCAAAAACAAAACAAAACUUUCACCUCAAGUGUAACAAUUAUAUUCGAAUUCGCUUUGCAGUCGCUGUAAAAUAUAUGAAUCUUUUCCAAACACUCGUGACUCCAACAAAAAAAAGGACCCUUUUCACCGGCUUAUCAUAAUCUCAUCCUGUGAGAGAUAAGCUGUCAAAUCGACAAUGUCACUCGUUUUGGCAGAUGCACCCAAAUUUGAUUUGGCGGAGGAUUUAGAGGAUGGCGAGAUCGACGACGAUGAGGAGGAGCAGUCGCCUCCAAAGAUCCAAGCCCAAAAGAAGGCUUCCGUAGGGGACGACGAUGUGCAGUUUGAGGGUGUCGAGGCUAAAACACAAAAUGCCGACGAAGAAGUCGUCUAUAUGGUACCAAUCACAGAUUCUGGUGGCCCCCAAAACAGCACCAGCAGCAAGGCAAAGAAGCCCCGACCAUUGGAAGAUGACCAUGCCAGCAGCAUUGAGAUGGCCAUUGCCAAUGCUCUCAAGAAGAAGGGCAUAGAACCUCCAAUGCCCCGCAUGCGGUCGUCUAACCAGGAUGCGGGCGAUGUGUCCUUGGAGGGAUCCGGGGAGGGACUAGCCGGCCUCGCAAACCAUCUUCUGCAGCCAAGUCGCAGCAGCAGACGAAGGAAACGCAAGAAAGAACGCGAGCGCGAGCGCGAGCAGAAGAAAGACCAGGAGCACCAGAAGCGCUCCCGACGUGAAGAGGACGACGUGUCUGGGGUGUCGGGCGGCGUUGAGGACAUGGACGAAUAUGAGAUGAUGAACGUACGUGGCGGCAGUCCGCCCCCAGGAGGAGUGGCACCACCCUUGUCCAGUUGCGGCCAGCGGUUCGGUGGCGCCGACUGGGACAUGGACGAUGGGUCAGUCGCAACCGGGGGAGCCUGUCUUGGAGCGGGCGGCGGAGGGAGUUACGACUCACAGCAGGAUCCGUACAGCAGCUAUGAUUCCUAUUCCGAUGAGGACGCAAAUGGACCCGGCUUAAUGAACCAGCGCCGCCGGACUGGAAGGGAUAGAGAAAAGGAGCACCAGCGUGGCGGGAAUAAUCGCAAGCGAAGGGAUCGCGAUCGCCAUGAAGGCGGCUUAGCUGGGGGCGGGUCCAAGCGUAAUCGCCGCGAUUCCGGCGAAGGAGGAGGCGGCGGUGGACAGGAUAAGAUGGGCGGCAGCAGUCGCGUUGAGCCCCGCAAGCUGGAGCUAUGCAAGUUCUAUCUAAUGGACUGCUGUGCCAAGCGGGACAAAUGCUCGUACAUGCACAAGGAGUUUCCCUGCAAGUACUACUACCUGGGGAUGGAUUGCUAUGCCGGCGAUGAUUGCCUCUUCCACCACGGCGAGCCACUCUCCGAGCAACUCCGCAACAUCCUGCUGAAGCACAUGGAGACGGCUCCGAAGGAGAUCCUUGGUGACUUCAAGCGAAUAUCGAGAGACAUUGCCUUGGUGCAGAUGGCGCGCCGGAACGAACAGUUGUGCGAGCAAUUCAAUCGGGAGAAUACUUGGAGUUCGAUGGGCGGUGGCGGAAUGGGCAGGCGGCAGGACCAGCACAUGCAACAGCAGCAGCAACAGAUGCAGGCGCAGCAGCAGCAGCAGGAGCAACAGCAGACGCAACAGCAGACGCAACAGCAAGCGGCUGCGGAGGGCGGCGGCUGCAUUCCCUCACUUUUGGAUAUGGUCAUCAAUCCGCCGCAUUCAGAAAAGAAGCGCAAGUCCCGCUGGACUGACAAAACGGCAGCAAGGACGGCUGCUGGAGCAGCAGUUUCUUCAGAAGCGGAGUGCACAUCGCCGGAGGCCAAACCACUACCGCCACACUUGGACUUGGCCAACCUCAGUCACGUCUUAAGUGCUGAAAACAUGGCCAAGCUGAACAAGUUGGGCAUUACGAACCUGGAGCAGAUGCUUCAAGUGCCGUUUGGCCAGUUAACCGAGGCUGGCCUAACGCUGGUCGAGAUCGGUGAGAUUCAGCGCAAGGCCGAGGAUGCCAAGCCACAAAGGCAAGCUGAAAUGGAAAGCAGCACUUCCACAACCAAGCGGGAAACGGAGGCCAACAAUAGUAACUCCAACAGCAACGGAUUCAUUAUGGUGGACUACACGCAGUACCUCAAGGAUGCACAUGUCAGCUUUUCCGGCAACGAUCCGCUGGACGACGAUCGGGAUGACGACGAACAACUGGUCAUAGACGAUGGCAACGAUUCCACCGCCGAAGAGGAGCAGCAACCUAAGCAAGCAAAGCCACCGCAAGCCGCUUCCCAGGAUUCCGGCACAGAGGAGGCGCCCUUGCCAUCUGUUUUUGAUUUGCCGAGCUUUAUGAACAACAUGCUGGGUCAGGGAUCCUCAGCAAGGCAACUGCUGCCCGCCAGUGCCACGUCGCCCAACCAGGAGAACCCACAUUUGCCUGGGGGAGAUCCAUUGACACAUAAAUCCGUGCCCACCGGCUCAAGCACCUCUACCAAUGUGCUCAGCCGGAUUCUAUUCGGCGACAAACAAUCUGACCCCGAGGCUAGAGCUGCUUUCUACCGUGACAUCAUACGCAAUCCCUUCAAGGCCCACAGUGGCGAUGGCGAUGUGGACUCCAGCAAUGAGAACUCCAAUUCCAAUUCGCAUUCGCUGACCCCCACUCCCACGCCAGAGCCGGGAUCCCAAUCCCCCAAGCAGGAGGACCAGGAUCAGAAGAUGCCGGAAUUGCCUGGCAUCACAGCAGCGCUGCCGCCGACAACUCCUUCGCUUUAUGUACGUCGUUCCAUGUAUGAUUUCGAUCCCGCCAAAGAGCAGGAGCUUGGGCGACAGAAGCACCUUAUGGAGGAGAAGGAACAGUACCAGCGUGAUACAGACAUGGGACUGCCGUUCGUGGCGAUGAAACACUACUUGCCUGCCACCGAGAUCGACGCGGGGAUCUUCUCGCACUCUCCACUCCGCUGGCAGCUGCAGGAAGUGUCCAUAGAGGACACCAACUACGCUCAGAUUAGGGCCAGCGCCCUGCACAAGGAGCAGCGGGAUCUACGGGAUCCUCGAAUGCGUCGGAUUAUAGGCCUGCCGGAAAUUCCUGACAGUAGUGGACCCUUGGGCUCCACGCCAAUCACGGGCGCCAGCUCGUUAUCGGCUGACAACAGUGGGCGUUGCGCUUCGAGCAUCGCUUCGCCAGACUCUGAGACCACUGUUCGUGAUUCCACGCCCAGUUCGCCGCCACCGUCCUUGGUCAACCUGCCGUCGAUGAGUGUGCCACCGCCGUCGAUGAGGGUGCCCCCUCCGAAUCUGCAGGUAGAAAAACCUGCUAUGCGGGCAGAUCCACGGCGCGAUCCCAGAAGAGCCGCUCUCCAGGCGCAAACGCAAGCUGCGAGUACGGCGAACACCAAACCUUCUGCAGCAACCAAUGCUUCCGGGGGCAGCAAGCAAAUCUCGGAAAUCCGAAGCCUGCUGCAAGAUUCCAACUGGUACAAGAACCUCGGCAGCAACAAUAAGAUCAUGGUGAAUCAGCAGCUCGCCUUGGUGUUUACCGAGCUCAAGAAGUUCCAUCAGCUGCCGAAUGAUGCUCCGAAAAUUUUUGAUGUCAGUUUUAUAGUGAACAACACAACGCUGCAGCAGAUCUUCGCCAAGCUCUUUAUCUUCGUAGAUGACAAUGGUCAGGUGGUGCAGAUUCCCGAGGAGAACAACGGCAAUGGCGGCGGUGUUGGUGGCGGAGCAGAUUCAGGAGUGGGAGGAGGAGGUGGAGGAGGAGGCGGAGGAGGAGGAGGAGGAGGAGGAGGAGGAGUAGUGCUUCCUAAUCUAUCGCAGCCCCCACCAAAUCUGAGCCAAAUGUUAAGGCAACCCCCGCCGAACAUACAAAUGCUACGCAUGUCGGGAAUGAUGAUGCCAAUGGGCAACCUGGGACCCCCUUUCAAUCAGCCACCUCCACGAGGAGGCUUGUUGGGAAUGCCUCCGAAUGGCAAUGGAUUAAACCAGGGCGUGGGAAAUCCGGGAGUACAAGGCCAAUUGGGAAUGAACCAAGGAGGCGGAGGCGGAGGAGGGCCUGUGCCCAAUGGCAAUCCCUUCAACCCAUUUGCUGGGAACAAUGGAGGAGGAGGAGCUGGCGUCAUGAACAACAUGAAUUCCAUGGGGAACAUGGGCAUGGCCUUCAAGAACUUCAACAAUGGCAACAAUAACAACAAUAAUGGCGGCAGAGGCCACUUUCCGGGCGGAGGACCAGGUGGAAACGGCAAUGGGAACAAUCGCAACCAGCGGGGCGGCAACCAGCGGAACCGCAACAUCUAAAAUCCAAUGCAUCGCGACCCCACAACGCAAAAAGACUUCUUUUGCCAAAAUCAUGUUGAUGAUAUGCCCCAUGACCCUUUCUCCCAACCCAUAACACCCCCAGGCCUGAUUGUAAAUUGUAUUUUAUUCUCCCAAAUCCCCAUUAUUGUCACUAUUUUUUUUCGCUAGGUGUAAGGAUAAACCUUAUCUGCUAUACGAGGUACUGAUUAAUCUAGUUAAGAGUAAAUAACAGAGUAAACCGGAGUAAGAACAAACAGUGAAGUAGAAUCGGUAUGUGCAGCCCUUUUUACCAAACUAUUUUAUAUAAUGUAGGAUAAUCUGUUUGAUAGUGCGAGUACUACAUUAAUUAACUAGCCGUACGAACUCAAAAUAAAUGACAUCUUUUAAGUAA